UCUCAACGCCGCGGCCUCUCCCGGACGAGCUUGUUGAAAGGGCUGCCGAAACAACGCCGCCGACGACGCACCGCGCGCGCGGGACCAACGACUGGCGCCCCAGCGGCUCCCGUGAGGACCGGUACCAGCGGACCGCCUGAAACCAAACACAGCGACAGGGCAGCCUCCAGACGCCGCCGCCGCGCCGCAGCCAUGGUCGCGCCCCUCACGCUCAUCUGCCCGCCCGGCGCCAAGCCCGGCCAGCAGCUCCUGUUCAAGGACGACGACGGCCAGCGCUUCACGACGGAAGUGCCGAAGGGCGUGCGGCCGGGCAUGAAGUUCCUCGCGCAUCGCAAAGCAUUGGGCACGGGCUACGUCGGCAAGGACGGCGUCCGCUUCUCGAAAGUAGCGUCGCAGUCGAAACUAAGGGCGAGACAGCCGACGCCGAUGCCGAGCGCGGCACCGACGGAGCGGUCCUCGCGCCAGCCCUCUGGGUACGGCUCGCGCCAGCCCUCGGCGUACGGCUCGCGCCAGCCCACGGCUCGGGGCGUCGGAAGCAAGGAUCCGAACCGAGCCAAGUGGGACAUCGACACGCACCGAACGACGUAUCGAGCACCCUCAACUCAGAGAUCCUUCCCGCCCGAUACACCCUUAGGCGACCAGGAGUGGUUCGAGCAGUUCGGCUUUAGUGGAGCGGUCAGUGAAGAGAAAGCUAGAGAUUAUGGCAACGGCGUGCCCAUGUGGUCGCCCUACUUCCGCAAUCCGAAAGACUACGUCAAGCAGCCCCUUUCUGGAUUGGCUCCCGACGCCUACUGGUUCGAGCAGUACGGCUUCCGGGGCGGGAAGUUGUCCGAGGACCAGAUUAGGAUCCAAGGCUACGGCGUGCCGUCGUGGUCGCCCUAUUACCGGACGGGGGGGCCGAAAAACGUCGCCGAGUCGUUGGCGUCGCGCGAUCCUUCUAGAGCGCCGAGCCGGUUGCCCACGACCCGCGAGGAGUAGGGGGUUCUAUAAAUUUUAUCAAGCGUC